AUGAAAACUCAUCGACUAUUCAUCGGCCUCGUCGCUCUUUGUUGCUUUUGUCUACCUCAUCUCAUCGAAGCUAAACGAUACGGAGUUUACCACCAAAAAGUGUUUGUGGACCAAUCUGGCCAUGGAAAUUUCACGAAAAUACAAAAAGCUAUCGAUUCGGUUCCAGUCAACAAUCGCAAUUGGUUCUUCAUCAAAGUCGCAGCCGGUCUUUACAGAGAGAAAUUAAAGAUACCAUACGAGAAACCCUUCAUAGUAAUAAUCGGAGCUGGUAAGAGGAAAACGAGAGUUGAGUGGGACGACCAUUACUCGGUUGCUCAAAGCCCUACCUUUGCUACUUUCGCCGAUUACACCGUCGUCAAAAGCAUCACUUUCGUGAAUACUUAUAACUUCCCGAGUAAAGGGAAAGUGAACAACAACCCUAGAACUCCGGCCGUGGCCGCGUUGAUCGGCGGCGAUAUGUCGGCGUUUUACUACGUAGGGUUUGCCGGAGUCCAAGAUACGUUGUGGGAUGUGGAAGGUCGACACUACUUCCAUCGCUGCACCAUCCAAGGCGCCGUAGAUUUCAUCUUUGGUAACGGCCAAUCUGUUUACAAGAGUUGUGUGGUUCAAGUGCUAGGUGGGCUGCUAGAACCGGGACUAGCGGGUUACAUAACGGCUCAAGGACGGACCAACCCGUACGACGCUAACGGAUUCGUGUUCAUAGACAGUCUCGUUCACGGAACGGGCAUGGCCUUCUUGGGAAGACCGUGGCGCGGUUACUCUAGAGUGAUCUUUUCCAACACAAACCUGACGGAUGUGGUUGUUCCCGAAGGUUGGGACGCGUGGAACUUCGUGGGACGCGAGUAUCAGCUGACGUAUGCAGAACAUGGUUGCUUUGGAAGUGGAUCGAAUACGGCAAGACGUGUGGGCUGGAUGAAGAAGCUGAGUGGAUCCUCUGUACAAAGUUUGGUUGAUCUCAGCUUCAUUGAUAGUGAUGAAUGGCUUCAAUAUUUGCCCAUUGCUGUUUGA